AUGCUUAAAAGAAAGAGUCACAAAGUAGCUUCAAAGCGAAAGCUUGGGAGGAAUCACAUUCAUGUUUUCACUAUCGCUUUGUUUUCCUCAAUUGUUGUUCAUUUUUCAGCUCAACAUAAUUUAUUGUUAAAUAGUGUAAAGAAGAAUAAUGUUUUAAGUCAGCUUAAGGAGGGUUGUUGA